AUGGUAGAGUACCUCCUUCAGAAAGGUAGAAUAUACAAGAUCAGGAAAAUGGAUGCACAUCUUAGGUUUGGAAUUCUGGGUCUCCUGAACAUGUUGCUUGUGUGCUCCAUGUUCUUCUGGACACAUCAGGAAAAUGGCCUAACGGAACAACCGCUAAGCAGUAUGAAAGAAGGAUGCAUAGAAUGGAGACAAAGAAAAUUAGCGACAUUCACUCCUAGAGCAAUAAACGAUGAAAUAGACGAAGACGACGAGGUUGAUAAUACGAGCAGUGGUAGUAGUGAGGAUAGACAGGGCAAUGGAAAUAAUCUGGAUGAACAUUAUAGAAUGAACAAUGGGAAAGCAGAGAAUACAAAAAAUAGAAGUGCCAUCAAUUAUGUACAUAACGAUAUAGAAGACACAUAUGAACUAGCUGAUAAUGACAUGACAAAGGAGAAUGAAAAUAGAAAAAAAGACAAGAACUAUGAUAGAAGAUCCUACGAAAAUAAUGAAAAUGAAUUCUUAAACAGUAUAUCUGAAGACGAAGUUAACAAAAUGAUUGAAAAGUUAGGACAGAACGUAGAUGUGAAGGAGAUGUUUAUCAUUUGGAACUACGUCAAUGGGUUCGAAAGAUCAAAAUAUAUCAACAUGCAAAAAAAUAUUAUUGCAUACUGUGAAAACCUUACAUCUACUUAUAAUAUUUCGAAAAAGAUAAAGUCUAAAGAGGGGGUUCAGAUUUACUACUACAUGAAGGAUGAGCUGUUUUACCAGGAAAGGAAAUUUCUCAGGAAGCUACACGCGUUUCUAGGACAGGGGCCCUGCUCGAAGGAGCUCUUUGUGGAGUUCAUUAAUCAGACGAAACUUUCCUGGAGAAAUUUCCGAAGGGGUGUGAACAAAGUCUGCAUGGACAUGUUGAACUCGACCAUGAAAAGGGGGGGGUUAUCGACAGGUGUGCCGAUGAGGUGUAAUGAUGUGGUGUAG